AUGUAUGAGCCAACUGUUACAUCCACUGAAUCAACAACUAUUUACUGGGGCGUCUUCUGGGACAUUGAAAAUGUUCAAGUUGGAAUUGAUAGAACAAACUUCAUGAUUGAAAAAGUCAAGGAGUUCGUUAAGUCAAAGCAAGAUGGACGAUACUUCAAUAAGGACCCGCUAUUUGUAUGUGCAGCUGACUUCAAAAAUCAGAAAGAUUCACUAGUCAAGGUUUUACAAGAGGCAAAGGUCGAAUUACAUCACGUCCUGAAGGGGAAGGAUUCAGCGGAUAAUGAGAUCAUUGAGUCUUUCGAUAAGUUUAAUUCAUGGCCACCUCAAACAGCUGUUGUAAUAAUUACAAGUGACAAGAGAUUGAUGGAAAAAAUUAAAAACCGUGUAGCAGAUCUAAAAUUUAAGUGUGAUGUGUUUCUAAUUUACAAACAAGAAAGUAGUGAGCUGAAGCAGUAUGUCGAUAAAGAUAAAAUAAUUUCCUUUGAUGAACUCAUGCAGCUCUCUGGCACAAAUAAACGGUACUUUCAGAAGUUUUUUGACCUGUUAAAGUCCUACUGGAAACACAUCUGUGAAGUGAAACAGCACAAAAUAUGUUUCAAGGCGCCAGAAAAUGGUCAACAAAUAUGGUUUAAGAGCAUCAAGGGGGGAGAAGUUGUCUUCUACCUAAAUUCUGACCAAAAGAAAAAUAUUAAAAUGAAUUUUACUGUGAGUAAAUCAACAACAGCCCAGGAGAUGAGGAGUUCAUUGACCUUUGCAACAUUAAUUCUGGUUUACAACAAUCAUCUGCUUAAGAAUCUACAACAGGCUAUAUCAUCGAACACGGAAACCAUGGACAAGAUAAAACAAAUUUCAAAGGCACUCUGUGGUUUUCUAGCAUGUAUGCCAUGGGGUUUUCAUUAUUGUGAAGAGAAAAUUAGUGAUCUUUUGGGUGAUUUUGAAAAAGGUACAUCUAUCAAAUACCAGUGUUGGCCAUUUUAUAAUGUACCAGAACUGUCUGAUAGCGAGAUCAUGUGCGCUAUAUUGGGUCUUAGGGACGGUGUUUUGAACAUAAAUGGCACAGUAACAUAUAAAGGUGUAUGUGAGUCGGUAAUAGCAUCUUUGGAACAGAACCAUAAACAUAGUACUAACAAUGCAAAUAAUAUAAAUAAAGAAACUUUUUAUAAUAUGGGAUUUACUGAGGAGAAAGCCAAUUUUAUAAUAGACAGCAUCCCUGAAGAUUUGCUUCAGCACAGGUCGGCUUUUGUUUGGGCUGACCUACACGUCAAACAAAUGUUCCAGAACCAUCCACUUUUGACAACAUCCAGAGACUAUCCUUACUGCUCAAACAACCCGUUUAACAGCUUUUGAAAACUGAGCCAAAAUGUAGGCAGGUAGAUUACUAGACAUGGAAUUUGUUGAGGUUUAACACCAGAACAUAAUUAUAUUUUACCUGAAUAAAUGCAAACAUUUUUAAAGGAUAUUUGUGGGGUUUUUUUGUAGCAAUUAUGUAAGUGACCAGACUGUUCUGAAAAGAUAACUUUAUUUAAGGGAUGUAAACAUUUCACGAUUUCUACUUUAAAGUUUGAUUUGGGAAUUUACGUAAUUAUUUUCUUUAUUCGCAGAAAUAAUGCCGAAUGACAUUCUUACUUGUUAAGUAUAAUUAAUUCGAGUUCAUAAAUCAUUUAACAGUUUUCUAUAUCAACAUUUACAUUUUUACAGUGUUGAGCAGUGGUUCGUAAGUUUGAACUUUUCCCUUCCCCUCCCCACUGUCACAGAAGAAAAAGCCAGAUCCCACAUUUCAAAAGACGUCGCACCUUAGACAACAUGUUUUCAUGACCUCUGAGACUUCUGUAGUUUCAUGAAUGUUAUGAUGCAUGUUCCAAGUAUAGAUUGGUGCGAGUAAAUGUUGGUGCGAAAGGUAUGGUGACGAAUGGAAUGAUGAUACCUAUAGUGUGACAGUAAAGUUGUUGUGUAGAGACGGGUUGCUGGGUGGUAGUGUG